CUCAUUCGCAGAGGGCACACAGACACACACACAGACACACACACACACACAUAUCCUCUCACAGAUACACUCACAGCUGUUGAUACUUCUUUCUCUGAUGAACGCCGGGGAAGCCGCUGAGCAGAGCCCAUUGAAAUCUGGGAGAAUGUGCUGUCUGUUAGCAGCUCAACCAUAAAUCAUCUAUGGACAAUCUAGAAGGACAAGUGGACCAACUGGUUUUCUGAUUGCAGCCUGGCUCUCACUUUCUGUGGUUCAUAUCUCUCUCUCUCUCUCUCUCUCUCUCUCUCUCUCUCUCUCUCUCUCUCUUGCGCUCGCUCGCUCGCUCGAUAUCUCUUCUUUCCCUGGCUUCUCCCUGGGACUCCGUGUUGGAAUUUAAGCGCAGACAGCAAGCAACAGAGAGAAAUAGAGACAUGUAUUUUGCCCCAGCUGCCUGCUACUACUGCCUGUUCUCUCCCAUUCACUGACCAAGGAGGAAAUAUAAGGUGAGAGUCAGAGCGGCGGCUGUAGAGCAAGCAAGUCAGGUGAAGCAGGCAUGAGCGCCGACAGCCAUCAGGGGGUCGUGACCACCCCUCCCCCGCCCAGUGGAGGGACUAAGGAGCGCUACUUCGACCGGGUCAACGUUAACGAUCCGGAGUACAUCAGGACAAGGAACAUGUCCCCUGACCUUCGGCAGGACUUCAAUGUUCUGGAGCAGAAGAAACGUGUCACACAGAUCUUACAGAGCCCUGCCUUCAAAGAGGAGUUGGAGAGUCUGAUCCAGGAACAGCAGCGGAAGGGGAACAACCCCACCGGCCUGCUGGCCCUCAGACAGAUUGCGGACUUCUUCAUGGCCAGCACUGUGGCUGGCUUCAACACUUCCCCCCUCAGUCUGGGGAUGGUCACUCCCAUCAACGACAUGUAUGGAAUGGAAUCCAGCACAAUGGUGAAAGGCGAGAAGCUGACCCGCUGUAAACUGGCCAGCCUCCACAGAGUGGUGGACCUGUUCAGCUGGGCCCACUUCCCCACCUCCUACAUCACAGCUCGAGUCAGUAAAGAGCAAGACCACAUCCUCAUCCUCCCCAGAGGACUGUCAUUCUCUGAGGCGUCUGCGUCAAACCUGGUGAAGGUCAACAUUAUCGGGGAAGUGAUCGAACAGGGCUCCACCAACCUGAGAGUCGACCCCCAAGGUUUCAGUCCCCACGCUGCCAUCUACUCCAUGCGCCCAGACAUCCGCUGCAUCAUACAUGUGCACACUCCAGCCACAGCUGCUGUGUCAUCUAUGAAGUGUGGCAUCCUUCCUAUCAGCCAGGAGUCCUUGGUCCUGGGUGAUAUCGCCUACUACAACUACCAGGGCAGCCUGGACGACCAGGAGGAGCGCAGAGAGCUGCAGAAAGCCCUGGGGCCUACAGCCAAGGUUUUGGUGCUGAGAAAUCACGGUGUGGUUGCUCUUGGGGAGACCAUCGAAGAGGCCUUUCACUACAUCUACAAUGCCCAUUAUGUCUGCGAAAUCCAGGUGAAUGCUAUCUCGUGUGCUGGCAGCGUGGACAACCUAAUAGUGCUGGACAAGGAGAAGUACACAUCACGAGUGUUUGACGUAGCCACAGCGGAAAAUGUCAACUUGGGUGGACAAUACAAGUGGAAGGUUGGCGAGCUGGAGUUUGAGUCUCUGAUGAGGAUGCUGGAUAACAUGGGCUACAGGACAGGUCAUGCCUACAGGCACCCUAUCAUGCGAGAGAAGCCGAGGCACAAGAGCGACGUGGAGAUCCCUGCCACAGUCACAGCCUUUAUGUUUGAGGAGGACGGGGACGCCACACGGCUGCCCUUCAAGUUCCUGCAGCAGCGGCAGCAGAGGGAGAAGACGCGCUGGCUAAACUCGCCCAACAGCUACACCAAGGUCAGCGUGGAGGGCAGAGAAGAGCGCUACAACAGCCGAACAACCACGUGGAUGAAGGCAGAGGAGACGGGAACCCCGAUCCGGAUUGAGGACCCCAAUCAGUUUGUCCCUCUCAACACAGACCCCAGUGAGGUGCUGCAGAAGAGGAACAAAAUCAGAGAGCAAAACCAGUUUGAUAUGAUGUCAUCGGGGCCACGCUCUCAGCACCUUGCAGGCAUCCCUGUUGAUGAACCACGACGUGAUCUGGUGCAGAUAAACGUUCUGCCAUACGUGCCCACAGAGGAGGAGCAGAUGGCUCCACUGCCUCCCAACCCCUUCAGUGAGCUGUCAGAGGAGUACCGCAAGAACGUGGAGAGCAGGCAACUAGGCCUCAACGAUGCAGAGCACGAGCUAACCUCCGACGACAGCUCCACUCUCUCUCAGUCUCUGUCUCUCACCCAGUCCCCGCAAAGCACUCCAGCUAAGGAAGACAACCACACGGGCCUGAUGAACGGCAAAGACCAGCACGGUGACGCGGACGAGGAGCUGUGCAAGCGCGUCAGCCAGCUGACCACCAGCGUGGAGAGCGUGGAGAUCACAGUGCGCGCCGGCGAGAAGAUCGAGGAGGCGCUGUCCCCCGAGAGCUCACCCUCCAAGUCGCCCAACACCAAGAAGAAGAAGAAGUUCCGCACCCCAUCCUUCCUGAAGAAGAACAAAAAGAAAGAGAAGACAGAGGCCUGAGAGGUGAAGGGAAGGCCGCCUGCGCAGAAGAAGAAGGAGGGGCGACAGCCACCUUUUCUGUUUAACGUCUGUGUUUUUAUUUUGUCUCCGUUUUAAAUGUUCUUUUUAUGUUUUUAAUUCUGUCCGACAUUUUUUAACAAAAGUUAUAAUGUGCAAAAGGAAGAAGAAUGGAUUAUAUAAAAAUAUUAUUGGUUUUCAACAAAAAAAGAAAGUUCUCCUUCUGCUAAAAGACAAGAAUGCUUGUGAAAUUUUGGGAUGGGUAUGUGGGUCCACAAAUUAGAGUUCCACCAGAUGUGGGGUCACAAGUGACUUGGGUGGGUGUUGGGUGUCUACACACCUCAUCACCUAUGCAUUACUCUAACAGGGCUCAUUGCAAGCCUUAAAGUGUAAUUUAAGGCCAUUUAGUUCCUGAAUAACUGGCUCCUCUUGUGUUGUUUCCCAGGCUGAACAUAAAACUUGAAACCACCUCGCAUAUUUCUUGCUGCAAUAUCCAAUUUUAUGAAAUGAUUGGGUUGGAACGCGAGUGUUGUAAAACUGCACAAGUUAAAACUCAACCUCUUCAAACAGUCUUUUAAGGUUUUGUUUUUACAUUCUGGUCACCUGACUCUGCAUAGGGAACUGAGAGGCCACAUGAAAUUUAAAGUCACACUGGAAAACAUGGUCUCAAAAACAAAAAAACAGCCACAGGGUUUGUGUUGAUUUAUUUACUGUGAGAAAAGGUUGCUCUCUGCUCUCGCCCACUCUUUGGAUACAAACCUUCUCUUCACUUGAUUGUGGUUGAACUAGAAGAUAAGUUCAAGACUGGACUGGAUAAGAUAGUGAGGAUGAAGGCUGGCAGUUUAUCACAACUAAGUUGACGUGAUCUCAAAGAGCCGCUGACUCACUCCGAAUAUUUAUGUAGCAUUUUCACAUCUUCUCCUCUUAAUCGCAAUGGUUUCUUUGCCAAACUAAACGGAAGAAAAGAAGAAACAAUCUCAUUUCAGUAAAGCGUCACUGUUUGUGUCUAGUUUGUCAUCUCGUGAAAUUUUAUCUUUUUUUAUUGAACACAAAAUUGGUAUUAGUCAACUCUGUUUUGUACUCAUUUGUAAGCUACUACAGAGAAUUGCAGAUGUUACGCAUGUUUUCUCUUUUUUGCAAGAACUGAAUUUAUAUGGCUGACUAUGUUCUGUAGUGAUGCCUGAUUGCUCAAAUUAUAUUCUAAUCUUCAGAGUACACAAAUUUACUAUAUAAUACAGAUAUAUGAAAACUGGAUAUGUUGGCUAUAGAUUUUUAACUAUAUAUUUUUUAUUUUAUUGUGCUGCACUUUUCUUUUGGUAUAUAACACAUUUUAGUUGCAGGUGGUUUCACCAGUUAAGGAGAUUGUGAAGUUAUUGGUAAAAAUUGUGAAAGUAGCAAGCAAGGCAUGGUGUUGGAGAAAGGCCAGGACCCAGAAAGUGAGUCGAAUGAAGAAAGAAAGAAUAGUCUUUCAUUGGUGUCACACGUGAGAAAUGAUCUCUACUGCUCAACUAAAACAAAACAUGAAGUGUAGUGCGGAAAUACAACGUCCAACUAUCUGCAGUCGCCAGCUGAAAUGAGAAUCAUGGACGGUGGAGUGUGUAGUGGUGACAUCUUUUGUUUGGUGCGUUUUGUUUCAAAGCCAUAUUGUAAUUUUUUUUUCUCCGUCGUUUUUAAUGAUGAGACAAGGGUUGCGUUUCUCGUCUGCCUGCUCGGGCGUCAAGGACCCUAACAAGACCUGUGAUAAAUCACCCCAGUGACUGCAUUGACACCCCUCAGGCUCCCAAAACGUUUUUUUCCAGUAGCUAUAUUCACAGCAACUAUGCUUCCUUGCUUAAUUGGCCAUUUCUUUCCUCCUGCAACUGGAACAUUUUAAGGAGGUCGUAUGGACAUCUUAUUUCUAUUCGAUUGCUCUGCGAACCCGGUCGUCAUUUCAGCGUCUUAGGCUUCCCCUCAUGUAAUUGCUCUAGUAAACACGAUCGUGUUGUACUGUAACUGUCAGAUGACCCACAGUUGAACUCUGGAAAGCCAAAGUGUGAUGGGUUGCCACAUAUCCUCCCCCUGCAGUUUAACCAGAUGUACCAAUAUCCCAGCGAGCAAUGUGAAGUAUUGGAUUUGGGGGAGGGAGGUUUUAGAGACACAUCUUUAGCUGUGUUAAAUGAUAGCUUCUGGCUCUGGGCAAAGAGCUGAGGUCACACAACUAAGAGAUGGAGAAGGAAGGUGUGAGUUUGGAAAUGGAAGUGCAUAUGUGUGUGUAGUAGAGAGGGGCAGAGGGUAAGGACAACCUGACACUAACGCACCAUGUUUUUAUCACUUCCUUCAUACCAUCUCUUCUCUCAGAAAGUUUUUUCAUCCUCCAUUUGUAUUGCAGUACGCUUCCUUUUUAUCUCUUAGUUUGCAGAGAGCGCUAGGCUUUUUAAAUUAACCAUUUUAUGAGCAUACUUUGCUCCCAGAUGAACUGAAUGUGCAUUGCAUCUUUUUUAUUUCCCCCUCUUCUGUUUCCAACUGUUUGCACCUUGUUUUACUUAUGCUUCUCUAUCCACCUUUUUCUGUUUAAAAAAACAAAACAAAAAAACAGUUGUGCUUUGGCAUGCCAGAAUGAGCCAAGCUACUUUGUGACCUGUGAAAAUCCUAUAUGAAUGGUUAUCUAAUGGAGUUGCUUUUAGAUGUAUUGCUAAUCAGUGUAAAUUCACAAAUAAAACUGUAUUUUAAGAAA